AUGACGGUAGUCGGAAGAGGUCAAAAAGCGAGCAGGGCCUUCCCCAAUCGACGCGAGAAGCAGAGGAACAAGUGCAGAAAAGCAGAGGCGAGAACGAGAUUAGAGGAGGAAGUGCAUAGAUCCAGUAACAGCAACGCGAGGGGUUUGACGAUGGAAAGGAAACAGCGCGCUGGGAAUGCUGGGAUGGGAAAGUUGGAGAUGGAGGAUGGCGAUGAGAGAUUGAAAGGACGACGAGCUGGUACCCAGACUCAGGGAGAGGAAGAUUGGGCCAACGACGAUGAAGCUCUAGGCGACGCAGCAAAUGCUCUUGCGAGCGAGAAAGUUCGCGAUUCCAGAACCCCAGAUCCGGAAGCCAAGAGCAGCUGCGAUACCACGGUCACGGGUCCAAUGAUUAUCCAGGAGCCGAUCAUCGCGUCCAGAUCAGACCAAGACGCCGAAGAAGAAGAAGAAGAAGACGAACCCACCGAGAUGCCGGACCUCGAGUUGGUCAACACAGAGAAGAAAACAGAGAUAAUUCCUCACCAAGACGCAUCAGAUCGGAGCCGCGCCAAGCUACUGGCCUCACCUCAACCCAGCUCCAAAGUUCACCUCGUCGCCUCCCGCAUCCAGGCCGUCAGGGCCACCAGCGGAAUCAUCUUGGAAGAGGGCCCCAUCUUCAAAGCGUCACCUCGUGGAUCCAAGCUCGCCAGCGCGGCCCUCUUCGCGCACCUCUCGCCACCGCAAAAAGCCUCUUUUCUGGCCUUGCACGGCGAGCGCGUGAGCUACUUUUUGCAGAACCGCGAAGAGGAGUCUCUAAUCACUGAUAUCACGGGGAGAGAGUCGAAUGGCUCCGACUUAGCCGUGGCGCAGUCUGGGGACGGGGGGUCGGAUGGCUAUGCAAGUGAGCUCGCUUCAGGGCUUGACCACGAUUGUAAGCUGAAUGCCAGUCGGGGCUUGACGAGCGGCAGCCACAUUGACGAUGAUGUGCUUGAAGGGGAGGAGAGUGAGAGCAAGAGGGAGAGAGAGAUUGGAGCUCAAGGUAUAAGAAGCAACAGUGGCGCAGAGGUUGGAGUCUCGGGACCGGCUGGUGGUCAAGAGACAGACUCCAGUCGGAAUAUCGGUAAGACGCAUUCUCAUUACCCAGAUUAUAUAGAUAAAGUAGAUGAGAUCCAACAAGCUGACCCCCAUCCCGAUACCCUAGCACUAGCACCACUACCAGCCGGUCUGCAAUUCGAGAUCCGACCCUCUUCACCCGGCCGAGGCCUCGGCGCAUUCGCACUCGCCAACGUCGCCUCCGGAACUGAGAUACUGGUCGAGCAAGCCGCCAUCCCGCCCUCCGAGUACGCCUGGAUCCUAGACGAGGCCUACUUCGCCGCCCUCUCCCCGGACAGGAAGCAGCGCCUCCUUGCCCUCCUCCCCCAGCCCACGACGACUCCUCCCUGCGGCGACAGCGACAUGGCGCGGAUCAUGGAAGCCAGCGGCUUCGAGUGCAACGACGGGUUCGCCGUCUACGAGGUCGCGGCCCGCUUCAACCACGACUGUCGCCCCAACGUCAGACGCGGCUUCACGAAGGAGAACUGCAUUGCGUUUGUGACCGCGAGGGAGAUCACCCGCGGAGAGGAACUCACGAUUAGCUAUCUGAACAUGGCGGGCAUGUCCGUGGCCCGGCGGAAGGAGUUGACGCGGUGGUGGGGGUUCGAGUGCAAGUGUGACGCCUGUGUGAACAAGGUGACCAUCAGCAGGGCCGAGAUUUCUGCGGCGUACUUGGGCGACGACUACAGAUGCCGAGGUCUGGUUGUUGGGAAGCUCACGGAGCGGGAGCUCCAGGCUCGCGCGGACGUCGAGGCCUGGUGGGAGGACGUGCAUGGCAGUAUUGAAGUCGCGUUUGCGCCGUACUAUCACACCUUGAAUGUCAACAAGAGGAGGAAGGGUCGCUUUGAAACGACAUCUCAGCGAGCGGUGAUGGUGGAAGAGCUUGCGCAAGAGGUGCUUCGGGCUAUCAAGGAGAAGAACCAGUUCAGGCUUGACGAUACCAUCAUCGACGCUAAGCUGCUCGACAUUGCCCACUGGGUCGAUCUCAACCUCGAAAAUUAUGUGAAGGAGUUGAAGCUGCCAAAAGCGCUUAGGAAUCUCAAGGUCCGUAUUGAAUAG